AGUGCACAAUCUUCAGAACAAAUCGGAGAAGUUUUUCAGGAUGAAGAAAAUAUGGCUGCAAUAUUAAUGCGGCGUCAUGGCGAAACUGGUGAUUUAGUCAUGGAAGGUAGUAUUGGUCAUGAAAUGGUCAUUAAACCAGUGCCACAUGAAUUGAGCCCAAAUAAAGAACAAGCACAUCAUAUAAUAUAUAAACGUGAAGCACAGCCCUUGGAACACUUAAGUGAUUUUGCUUUUAUGGAACCCGAUGAUCUAAGAACAAGUGAGAAAUUGGAAAAACUGCAACGUCGCCAAAAGCGUUCAGCAAACUUAGAUGACACGGCGGAAUUAACAAAAGAAGAUGAAGACGCUAUGCAUGAUGAAUUGACUGAAGAUGAAGAAGAGCAUACACGUGCUAAACGGCAAGCACCUUACAUCAUUUAUCCCGAGGUUUUGGUUAUUGUGGAUUACGAUGGUUAUCGGUUGCAUGGUGGAGAUAAUUUGCAGGUGAAACGUUACUUCAUCUCUUUCUGGAACGGCGUAGAUUUGCGUUAUCGUUUACUUAAAGGUCCUAGAAUACGUAUAAGCAUUGCUGGUAUUAUUAUCUCAAGGGGCAGAGAUGCUACACCAUAUCUGGAAAGGAAUCGUGUUGGACGUGAUGCUAUUGAUUCAGCAGCAGCCUUAACGGAUAUGGGUAAAUAUUUGUUCCGUGAGAGACGUUUACCAGUUUACGAUAUUGCUGUGGCAAUAACAAAACUUGAUAUGUGCAGACGUAUGUCAGCGUAUGGCGAAUGUAAUCGUGGCACAGCAGGUUUUGCAUAUGUCGGUGGAGCUUGCGUUGUCAACAAGCGUUUGGAAAAAGUCAACAGCGUUGCCAUCAUUGAGGACACCGGCGGUUUCAGCGGUAUAAUUGUGGCUGCUCAUGAAGUUGGUCAUUUACUUGGCGCCGUACAUGACGGUUCACCACCACCAAGCUACCUUGGCGGACCUGGCGCACAGCGAUGCCGCUGGGAGGAUGGCUACAUUAUGUCAGAUUUGAGACACACAGAACGUGGUUUCAGAUGGUCACCAUGUACAGUACAAAGUUUUCAUCAUUUCCUUAAUGGUGAUACUGCCACCUGCUUGCAUAAUGCUCCACAUGAAGAUGGUGCAUUAGGUCGUUCACUGCCAGGCACUUUACUUUCACUGGAUGCACAGUGUAGGCGAGAUCGUGGCACGUAUGCAUGCUUUAAGGAUGAACGUGUGUGUGCACAACUUUUCUGCUUUGAUGCACAGACUGGCUACUGUGUAGCGUAUAGACCUGCUGCAGAGGGCUCAUCGUGUGGAAAUGGAUUGCAUUGUUUGGAUGGACGAUGUGCACCCUUGCCUACAAAUGCUAUAAACUAUGGUCCUCCCUACCGUGUAGUAUACAAAAACAACAAUGCAGCAAAUUCCGCUGAAAAUAAUGACAACAUCAGUAGUGAAGAAGAUGAUGACGACGAAGAGGAUGAAAGUAACGCUGGCGAGGAAGAAGAUGAUAUCGAAAAUGAUAACAAGAGUAGUGAGGAAGAAAACGAAGUACAAAAACCACAUAAACUUGAUAACUCCGUUGAGGAAACAUUAUUAGAACUUAAAGAUGAGCAAAACAAAACUAUUCACACUACACACACAACCGAAGAUCCAAUACAGACAACACCCAAACAAAUACAAACUAAAUUUGACACUUUUGAAUAUUUGACACGAAUUUUAGAAAAUAAGGAAUGGUCCCAAUUGCUGCGACCAAACGGAACGACUCCGAUAACUACGACAAAACCAACAGUAAAACCAUAUAGCACUAUUGCGGAGCAAGAACUCAUGCAAAGGCUUCAAUUGUAUGGAGGUGUUGUUGUGAAGACUAGUACGACAAGUAGUGUCAGUAGUAGUACUGGAAGUAAAAAUGUUAACAAAACUGUUACUGUAAGUAACAGUUGUUCUGUUAAUUGCAACUGUAGAGAACAGAAAUGCACAGACAGCAACGAAAUAAUACAAAACAAACAGGAAAUUGUUGAAAGACAAAAUAUACAAACACAUAUACCAUUUACAACUACAACAACAACUACAACCACUACUACACCUAUACCGACGACACAAAUACAAACACACAAUUCACCACAAAAUUUCUUUAAGUUCUACACAACAGAAUUUCGAAAACAAUUUCAUUACUAUUUGAAUUUGUUGCAAAAAAGUAAUAGCAACUAUUCAAAUCGUAAUGUUACUAAAUUACAAAAACAAACACAAUCAGAACCACAACCACCACACAAACAGAACAAUACAGUUCCUACCACAAAAACUACUAAAGUUCAAAAUCAAGAAUCAACAAAAAAUUCGAUCAAUUCAAAUUAUAGUGAAACGACCAACAUUAACAACAAUGGCAACCCUAGCAACGAAAAUGCCGAAGGCAGUAAUGUUCCCAAUAUCAGCAACUAUGACGACGACGAGAAUGAGGCGAGUAAUGAGGCAAUCGUCAAGCAAAAACGUAAGUUUGAUGCACAAAUUUCAACAACUACAACAGCUAAACAACAGCAACCACUUAAAUUGUUGCAACAAUACACGCCACCAACACCAGCAAUAACUACGACAACUGCUGGCGCUUUACCAACAGUUACUCGUAGCAAUUUAUAUGGUGGGCGCGCUGCCCAACGUAGUCAUUCCUUUUUAGAUGCAUAUUUUAAAAAAUUGCAAGCCCUACAAGCGCAGCAAGCAGCAGCUGCGCCCGCACCCCCCUCAGCACUUCCACCUACCGUAUCGGUAUCGACUACAAUAACUUCAACAACAGCGUCACAACAGCAGCAGGCACUUAAGGAAGCCGAUAACUUUGCCACACAAUUCUUAAAACUGGUUAAUUUCAAGGCGUUUCCGUUUUAGACUGUUUCAAGGUACCUAAAUAUUUCAUAGCACAAAAUACAUUCAAAUCAAGCACACACUUCAGGAACAAAUGAAUAUGAAACGGUCUCCAAUAAGGCAUCUCACUCUCAUUGGGCACCGAAAUUUAAUAUUCUGCAAUAAUCUCAACGUCCUCACAUCAGCAUCAAAUCAAAUCAAAUCAAAUCAAAUCAUAACCGCAGUUCGAAGGAAAUGUUAAUUUGCCAUUAUUUAAAAACAAAAAGAAUUUCAUAACUAUUUUGAAAAUUAUUAAAAUUGUGUUAAAAUUUCAGAUAUUUA